UUUAGGCCAUUAGGGUAUGUACUUUGCCACUGAGACCAAAUGCUGUUGCUCACAGCUCAAUUCGCAGUAUCCAGUAUUCACAAUAUUCCGCUACUCUUCCAAACGCUCACUCUGCAACUCCAUUGCUGAAGAACAAAACUUGCAUCUUGCAUCUCUUAAUUCCGAAUAAGAAAUGGUAGUACUCACUCGUCUGAAAUCCGCUUUACAUCUUCUUCCUCGUUCUUCCGUGACCUACGCAACCUCUGCCUCUUCCACCUCCAACCUCUUACCGGCGAAGAGGAAUCAAAUCGCCGCCGUUUAUGUCCCGCAGGAUUUGUACCGUCGGAUAUUCACUGUGACCGAUCCAACUCUCCCGGUUGUUACGAUUCUCGAGCAGUGGGUUCAGGAUGGCCAAACUCUUACCUACGAUAAACUGCUAUUCCUUAUCAAGCAACUUAGGUCACGCAAAAGAUAUAAAAACGCCCUCGAGGUGUCAUUUUGGAUGUCUGACAAAGGAUACUCUGAACCUGGAUCUGCAGAAUUUAGUUUAAGACUGGACUUGAUUGCAAAGGCUAAGGGAAUAGAAGAAGCUGAAUCCUAUUUUGAUAGCAUUCCGAAAUACUCAAGAGCUGCAGAAUGUUACAGCUCUCUUCUUAAUUGCUAUGCUCAAGUUAGGGAUGUGGAUAAAGCUGAAAGGAUCAUGCUGCAGAUGAAACAUUUGGGUUUUGCAAGGUCUACUUUGGCGAGAAAUUCUUUGCUUAACCUCUACUAUCAAACACAAAACUAUGACAAAGUGGAAAAUUUGUUGCUUGAAAUGAAAGAAGAGGGUGUUAAAUUCGAUAGAUUUACAUACGCCACCUUGAUUAAUACAUAUGCGGCCAAAUCUGAUAUAGAAGGAAUCGACAAACUUCUUGCACAGUUAGAAGAUGAUCCAUCGUAUUCCCAACAUGUAGAUUGGUGGAGUGUUUAUGCUGUGGCAGCCAAUUGGUAUGGCAAACUCGGGCUUCAUGAUAAAGCUUUUAACGCUUUAAAGAAAUCAGAGAAGCGCCUGAGUUAUACAAUCUGGAAUGAGGCCUUUCCUUACCUUAUGACUCAAUAUGCAACAAUAGGGAAGAAAGAAGAAGUGAUGAGGUUGUGGAAUAUUUACAUGAUGGAUGGGAAGUUACUCAAAAAACAGUAUUAUUCAGCUGUAGUAAGUUCAUUUCUCAAGGUGGAUGAGAUUGAACUUGCUAAGAGUAUCUUUGAGGAGUGGGAAUCUAGAAAUCGGUAUUUCAGAAAUUUCUUUAUUCCGAACAAGAUGAUAGCAGCUUACAGCAGAAACGGCAAUAUGGAGGAAGCUGAAGCCAUUGUUAAUAGGACAAUCAUGAAGGGAGGAAAGCCAAAUUUAUGGACUUGGUCAUGGCUCUUGUUUGGAUAUGUUUCCCAAAGAAAUUUUGCGAGGGCUGUUCGAUGUAUGAAAGAGGCAGUUUCUAUCUGUGAAGUGGGGUGUAAGUGGAGGCCACUACUGGAAUCCUUAGCUGCCAUUUUUCAGUACUUGAAAUUUAAUGGAGAUAUGGAGGAGGCAGAGGAUUUGAUAAGGUCACUCAGUAGCAAGAAUAUUAUCUCGCUUGAUGUUCAUAACAAGCUGAUGAGUUGGAUUAAGGAUGUGGAGUCAAAUGUGCCUGCAAUUGAUGUGCUGGGUUUAGAUUCUCAUAAACAAACAGGUGAAAUUUCAGAGCCAGAGGAAGAUAGAAACAGCCCUGACUUCUGCCUUAGCCAUCAAUAAAAUGUUAAGGGAUGACUGUCAAUUAGGCAAAUCAUGAAUUAGGGUUUACAUUCGGUGUACACAUCUUUUCAACAAUGAGGUUUAGGACCAAUUGAUGUAGGUGAAUGGUUCACCAAAAAGACUGCUUCUAAGUUGCUCAAAUACGGAGAACCACUUCCGUUUAUUCAACCAAACCCAGCUUAUCAACGUGGUUGCAGCCACAGCCGUUGCAACGCGGCCUCCUUCAGUUCCAUCGUCAAUACUAGCCUCUGCUCAGCCACAUUGCUUCUUUAGUGUCACUUUACACUGUUGUCUUUCUUAUUUGUCUCUCUCUCUCUCUUCUUCUUCCUCAAGCUUUUGCAGAUGCUGCUUCUUCUCCACUAUAACCUUUCUUCCUGGGCUCUAGAUUAGAUGUGUUUUGCUACACAAAUCCUCCACAUUUUGCGUAAAUCGUCUCAAUUUAUAAAACGAAUUUUAUUUCUCGCAAUCCCUACUCAUCCCUCACAACACUCCACCACCUGCAACCUCUUAGCUGUCAACAAGGAACAAAGCGGCGUCAUUUCAGUCCUGAGGACACCGUUUUUCCAGAAGCUUCCUUUGCGCGACUUGUACUGUCGGAUCUUUACGGCUCCUGAAUUGACGUCCUCGGUGGUUCCAAUCUUCGAGAGGUGGAUUAGGGAUGGCGGAACUGUUAACUACAACAGACUUCUAUCUGUUAUCAGGAAACUCAGAUCACGCAGAAGAUAUAGAAACCACCGUCGAGGUGUCGUCGUGGAUGUUGGAGAAAGGGUUUUCCCAACAUAAAUCUGAAGAUCUUGCGAUAAGACUAGACUUGAUUGGGAAGGUUAAUGGACUAGACUUGAUUGGGAAGGCUAAUGGACUAGAAGAAGCAGAACAUUCCAAAGUACUUAAGAACUGGAGAAUGUUACAGCUCUCUUCUUAAUUGCUAUGCCCGGGAUGUGGAUAGAGCAGAAAGCAUCAUGGAGAAGAUGAGAGCUUUGGGUUUUGCAAGGUCGAUUUUGUCAAGAAAUGUUUUGCUUAAUCUCUACUAUCAAACACAGAACUAUGACAAAUUGGAAAAUUUGAUAUGUGAAAUGCAAGAAGAGGGUAUUAAUUUCAA